AUGAGUCAACACACUUCACAUGAUUGUCAGUGUCAUUUAUCAUCGAAUAUAAAUACAGGUGUGUACGAAACGCUUGAUGAAUUAGAAUUUCGCCGUGGACUUUGGUCGUUCGCUCAACAAAAUGAUCUCGAUGAACUUCGCCGACGAUUGCAAUCGGCAGAUUGUAAAACAAUCAAUAAAGCAGAUUCCGGUGGUUAUAUGCCAUUGCAUUAUGCUGUUCGCUUUCAACCAGCUGAUGCUUGUCUUUUGCUACUUGAGCAUGGUGCUGAUCCUAAUUGCCAAACUCGAGCAUCACAAUCGACUCCACUUCAUCGCGCUGUAACAUUCAAGAAUAUCGAUGCGAUUCGUCAUUUACUUCGUUUUAAAGCGGAUCUGACUUUGAAAGAUAUUGAUGGGCAAACGCCGAUAGACAAAGCGACGGCGCUCAAUCAAGAAAUUGCCGACAUUCUUCGACAUUCUCAAUCCUAG